CGCCAAAGUUGCUCUUCAGUUUCCUGACCAUCCGCCAUCCCCCGAGCUGUUCCUUCGUUUCGGGACGUAUAAGACUGGUGGCACAUCCUCCGUUUCCCGUCUAGCCAGAUAGACAUUUUAGAAAGUCUAACCAUCUGACGCCUUCCCGAAAUUCAUCGCCAUCCCCCAACAUGUCCAGCGACACUCGGAGCAUCCCCAAGGGCAAGGGCUCAGAGACACUCAAUGGCGGUUUCAAGCCUCAGGGCAACAUGGUAGCUGUGGUUCCUCCCAAGCCUGAGGAUUUGCAGAGAAGCUAUGCCACGGUCGUCGACGCAAAUGCUAACCCCAAGGGCUGGUAUGGCAGCAUGGUUAACGGCAUCGGUACUCUCAUCGGCACCCUCGGUGCAGUCCCAUGCUGCGUCUGCUGUCCCAACCCAUACAAAUCCGUCGGCCAAGGCCACGUCGGUCUCGUCACCAAGUUCGGCAAGUUCUACAAGGCUGUCGACCCCGGUCUCGUCAAAGUCAACCCCUUGUCCGAGAGCCUCAUCCAAGUCGACGUCAAGAUCCAGAUCGUCGAAGUCCCAAAGCAAGUCUGCAUGACCAAAGACAACGUCAGUGUCCACCUCACCUCGGUCAUCUACUACCACAUCGUAGCCCCCCACAAGGCCGCCUUCGGCAUCACCAACGUCCGCCAAGCCCUCAUCGAGCGCACCCAAACCACCCUCCGCCACGUCGUCGGCGCCCGCGUCCUUCAAGACGUCAUCGAGCGCCGCGAGGAACUUGCCCAGUCCAUCGGGGAAAUCAUCGAAGACGUCGCCGCCGGCUGGGGUGUCCAGGUGGAGAGCAUGCUCAUCAAGGACAUCAUCUUCAGCAACGAACUCCAGGAAUCUCUUUCCAUGGCCGCCCAGUCCAAAAGGAUCGGUGAAAGCAAGAUCAUUGCCGCCAAGGCAGAGGUCGAGGCUGCCAAGCUGAUGAGGCAGGCGGCUGAUAUCUUGUCUUCUGCCCCUGCCAUGCAGAUUCGCUACCUGGAGGCGAUGCAGGCUAUGGCCAAGAGUGCGAACAGCAAGGUUAUUUUCUUGCCUGCUGCUAAUCAGACUAUGCCGAGCACCCAACAAUUCGAGAAUUCGCUGACUGGGGGGUCGGGAAACAAGAACUACAACACUUUUGACGAGGGGAGCAGCAGCACUGAUCCCGGCUUUCAGCAGGCGAUUAAUGCCCGGAUUAUUGAGAAUAUCUGAGUCGAAUGGUUGAUGACGGAGAUUUCCGAAGACCAAAUCAUGAAAAUGAGCGGGAAAAGAAAAAAAAAACACACGAAAAAAGAGACGGAACGAUACAACAUUAUGAUUUUACUAUACCCCGCCGCCACGAUCACAGUCGAUACCCCCUUUUUUUUUUUGUACAUGGAUCGGAAUGGGUGGAAGGAAGUGAGUUAUGGAUUGGCAUGACGACGAUGGUUUAAUGAGGGGGGUUAUGAGAAGAGAGCGUGCCAGCGAGAGAGAGAUGCCAUCUUGGCAGUUUGCAUCUUGCUUUUUUGGAUUGGUAGUUGCUACGACUUUUUGGUUCAUGAUACCUGAUACCACCUUCGCUUUCUUACUUGGUUCUUCUAUAGCACUGUUGCAGUUGACUUUAGCCUUUGUGGUGAAUUGGAGGGG